AUUACUUUGAGACGACCCCCCAAUUAUACCGGAAGUAGGCCUUUUGUCGAUAGUCGCAAUCCGCCAUGUCUGAAAAAUCUAACGACACCACAUCUGUCGUAAAUACGUCUACAUUAGAAGGUUUUGAUACUGAUAAUGAGGGAGAUGAAGAUAUCCACUUCUGUAAGAAAUGCCGUAUCAUGUUUACAAGUCUGGAGGAAUACCUUCAGCACAAAGUCAAGCAUGAUAACUUCAAGGUUACAUUCUCACGUUCUGGUCACGAUCGAAGAAUGGUUGUCCCCAAACUGAUUCAGAAACAGAAAGAUACCUCUGCAGCAGAGAAUGAAAACAGUCGAACAGGAACAGAAGGAGCAGAGAAAGAAAACACAAGUACAAGAAAAAAGAAAAGAGGUCGGAAAAGGAAGACAAAGGAUGAUGUGGAUGAGGUUAACAAGGAAUUAGUAAUAACAGACAAACCAGCAUAUUACUGUCCAAAAUGUGACAUCAAAUUUAACAGAGAGGCGACAUUAAGGAGACAUGUAGAAUAUGUGCAUGACUCCAGUGGUGACUACACAACAAAUGUAGGUGAGGAAGAUGGGGAAGGAGAAGAAGUCGAAGCUAAUAUAGGACGUGUUGUAAAACGGGAUGAACCAGAGGAAGAUCACUGUGAGGAUCCAGACUACAAACAAGUGAAAUCCUCCAGUGUACUGGCAGCAGAUAGUAUUGAGCGGCGAUUCGAAUGUCACAUCUGCCAGAAUAGGUUUAAGGAGAUAAAUGUUUUGAAAAGUCAUCUUUUGACACACAGCAACAAGAGGGAUUUUCCUUGUGGUGUAGAGGGUUGUGUGUUUGCUUUCAAAACAAAAGGUUCCCUGAAGCGUCAUAUGAGGAGACAUACAGGAGAACGACCAUUUUCUUGUUCACAAUGCGGAAGAUCGUUCACAGAAUCUGGGGCUCUGACACGACAUAUGAAAUCAAGGAUUCCCUGUACCAGUAAGAGUGACCAGGAUCUGCCUCGGUAUGGCAAGCGGUGGUCAUUUGUGGCCUCCCAGACAUCAUCAGAAGAAAUUAUAACUACAGUGGAUGGGAGGGAGGCUUGUGAACUAGAGGAGGGUGAGAUACCUCCGACUGAAGUUGUUGGUAUGGACAUAGGGACAGCUGAGAUUAUGGUAGAUGGACAGGAUGCCUCUUGUUUUGAAGUGGUAGGCAUCCAAGACAAAGACACAACAACCAUUUUAGAAACACCGGAAAAUGUCGCUUCAACACAGUGUAAGGUAUGCAAGGUAGAUUUGACAAAUAUUAAUGCCCUGAGGAUACACCUGAGGACCCAUCUAGCAGAUGUGUCAUUCCGUUGUCCAAUGUGUCACUACGUUACAGAAAAACGAAAAGAUCUUGCCAAUCACAUGUGGUCUAUGCACCAAAGUCAGAUCAAGGGUACAGAACAAACAGAGUCUUUAGUUCACAUUGGCAAUUGGACAGAUGACAGCCUGGACAAGGAGAAGCAGACUCAAAAUGCAAAAACAGCUAUACGACAGAUGUUACAACUACCAGCUGACAACAGUUUGGUUGGUGCUGGUGACACAACCACUGAUGUCCAGAAUCACGUGUACAGGUGCUCGGUCUGCAACAAGUCAUUUAGAUUCAAUGCCAACCUCAGAUUACACAUGAAGUCUCACAUAGGUGACCGUCCCCACAAGUGUCCACAUUGUGACAAGUGUUUCGUGACAAAGGACACCCUAUGUAAACAUCUGAGUGUCCACAGUGAGGAGAGACAGUACAAGUGUGGGGAAUGUGGUAAACUCUUCAAACGCAUCUCCCAUGUACGAGAACACCUUAAAAUCCACAGCUCUGACCGACCAUUCCCUUGUGAUCUGUGUGACAAGUCCUUUAAAACAGGCAAUGCCAUGAAGGUACACAUGAGGACACAUACCAAUAUAAUGCCAUAUGUAUGUCCUUAUUGUCGUCGACACUUCAGAGAGAAGGGCUCUCUUAAUCGCCAUGUCCGUAUGCAUACAGGAGAGAAGCCAUAUGUAUGUAAACACUGUGGAAAAUCAUUCUCAGAGCAUGGCACACUCAACAGACAUCUCAGGGCUAAAGUGCCAUGUUCGCGCCAGUUAAACGUUGAUGAUCAGGAUAGGUCGAAGAGCACAUACCCGACUGUGCUGGCAGAGUUCUCCUCUGUAGCAGACACACAGCAAUACAUCACCACACAGGAUGAGGGAGACGAACAGCAACAGGUGGAGAGUCAGACAGAGUAUGUUGUACUACAGACAGACCUGAGGGAUGAUAACCUACACAACGUGGAGAUUGUUACAGAUGGUGAGGUGGACACUACCAUGUUGGAGGGAAUGCAAGUUACCGAUGACUACAUCGUUGUCACCGAUAGUGACCAGGGCAUGAAAAUACUAGACUCUAAAACAGGGGAGACAAUCGCCAUGAUGCCAUUGUCAUCACUUGCUGAUGGUGACAAUCAGCUCAUUACUAUGACUUCUGAAAAUGAAAUUGAGGCUGUUGCUAUGGCACCUGGUUCAACAUUGGACUUGUCAGAUUCUAUAGUGGAACAGGCCAUGAUGGUAGCAAAUGUAGAAGAGCAGGUUGAAACCACAGAAACAAUACAAGGGAUUGUGGAUGGUGACUUAUCGGGCAUUGUCACUGAAGAAAUGAUUAUAACGUCUGAGGCAGCCACAAAUUUAUCAGAGGAUGUGACUCAGUAGUGUUCGUACAGUAUUAACAUACAUGCUUUAGUACUUCGAGGUAGUUUUGUUUGUGCAAUCAAGUGAAUCUCUUAAUUUGAGAUGGCCUAAAGAAAUUUAAUAGGAAAUGCAAUGGGCCUUGCAAUGUUAAAGCUGUACAUACACUAUAUGCAUGUAUAGCACUAAAUUAAGUUGUUUCUGUCAGAAUGAAAUUAUGCCAAAAGUCACGAAAGAAGACUGGUGAUUUUUUCCUGUUUUCUGGUUUUCAAUGCAUGAUGAAAUAUUUUGUACAAUGUACCAACAGAAAAAAAACUAGGAGGCAUACAAAUAUUUUCACCUGUAAAAAGAAGUUCUGUACAAGUAUUGUUUUAAAGAAAAUGAUCUAUUUAAGGUUGAAAGUUCCAUCAUGCACAAUGCAAUAUAGUUUUUUUGUAAAAGUUCUUCAUUAUCUGCAUAUUGCCAAAGUGAUUACAAUGCCAAAACUGCUCAUGACAUUAGAUUAUUAUACAGCAAUUUUUGUCACAAAGAAAAUUAAUCCAACAUAGAAUAUAAAGAGAAUUGCAUGCAGUCAUGUAUCAAUAUACCAAGUUAAAUAUCAGCUGGGAUACACCAUUUAUGUAGAGUAACUAUUUUUAGGUCACAUGAAUAUGAAGUUUAUCAAAAUUCACGUUACUGUUUAGAGGGCUGACAAAGACUUCCUAUAGAUAAUGGCAGUCACGUUGUCGUUGAACUUGUCAUCCUGAAACAGCACACAAACUCUUUCGCAGUAUUCUCAUAUUUGACCAAAAUUUUCUUUUUGUAAAUUUAUUUUACUCUCUUUUCAAAAUAAAUGAAUGUAGCCAAUAUGUUUCAUAUCUGGUAUGGCCACCUACAGGGGCCUUUAAGGCCCCCCAUAUAUUGUAAACUUCUUGUUGAAAUAAAGAACCGGUAUCUGAUCUGUCGUCA